CUGUUCUCUGUAAAAAGUGCAUACAGUGGGUCACACCCACAAACACAAAACCUACAAUCCCAUCAUACAUUUCUUCCACAAACUCCAUAAUUUUUUAACAAAAAGUUCGUACAUUCGAGACCCCUACCAAAUGGUCUCAUCGGACAAGAAAUUGGCCAACGUUGUAGGAGGAAAAACGGCAAGAGCUUGUGAUAAUUGUAUAAGAAAGCGUGCUCGGUGGUAUUGUGCUGCCGAUGACGCUUUCUUGUGCCAAUCGUGUGAUGCUUCGGUUCAUUCGGCCAACCCGUUAGCUCGUCGUCACGAAAGGGUUCGUCUAAAGGUGGCUUCUUUGAAGCUUUCUUCUUUGGAGAAACCAGCACCACCGCCAUGGCACCAUGGUUUCACCAAGAAACCAAGAACUCCUCGUGGUGGGAACCACCACAAGCAGGCGUCUCGACGGACGUCAAAAUCUGAAGAAAGCAGUAUGAGUUUCAAUCCACUUCACUUAGUUCCAGAGAUCGGUAGUGAUGAGACCACCGCAGUGACAUCCGAUGAGCAACUUUUGUAUCAGGUUCCGAUCUUUGACCCCUUUGCCGCGGAACUUUGUCUUUCCGGGAAUUCAAAUGAGGUGGCAACGCCUGUGAAACAAACGGAGGCGACAACUCCGGUGGACGCAGAUCUUCAUAAUGGAUCGAAAGUGACGUUUGAUUUGAAUAGUUUCAACGGGUUGAUACUUCCCUCCGACAUGGAGCUGGCGGAGUUCGCCGCUGAUGUAGAGAGUUUACUGGGAAAAGGUCUUGAUGAGGAAUCGUUUGCUAUGGAAGGAUUAGGGUUGUUGGAUUGUAGAGAGAAGGAUUCGGGCGGCGAAAGCUUAGAGAGAGUGAAGGUUGAAGAAGAUCAGAUGCAGUGUGAAACGGUGGAGAAUGAGAUGGAGAUGAUGAGAGAGCCAUUUCAGUUGAGCUUUGAUUACGAUUCACCGUUAUGGGAGGAAAAAGACGAGAAGUUGACGGUGGAAGGUGGUGUCGGGGAUCGUAUGGGUGUGGUGAAAGAGGAUGAAGAUUAUCAUGUGGUUAUCAAUAUAGAAAGAUAUGAUGAUGAAAAUAAGAAGCAAAAAAGAAUAUUAAAGCUAGAUUAUGAAGGAAUCAUUGCCGCCUGGGAUGAGCAAAGAUCACCAUGGACAACCGGUGAUCGGCCGGAGUUGGAUCCCGAUGAUUGUUGGCCUGAGUGCCUGGGUGGAUGUGGGAUAAUGCAUCAUCAGCAUCAUCAUCCUUAUGGGGAUAUGGGAAUGAUAACGGGGAAUCCGGCAAUGCUAGAUGGAGGGAGAGAGGCAAGGGUGUCAAGGUAUAGAGAAAAGAGGCGAACAAGGUUGUUUUCGAAAAAAAUAAGAUACGAGGUACGAAAACUGAAUGCAGAGAAGAGGCCUAGAAUGAAAGGAAGAUUUGUGAAAAGGUCAUCUUCUUCCGGGUUUCCAUUGCUUAGCAAAUAAUUAACUAUAACAUAUAUUGCUAACAUAUCCAUCUUACAAUUUUGUAAGGUAAGUUCUAUGCUUAAUUAGGUCUUUCUAAUUAAGAAUGUUCAUACAAAUUUAAUAAGGAAUAUAAGAAAAAUAAUUGUGUUUUCCAA